AUGACGAAGAUCAAGCUGCCGCGGAAGAUCCGCGAGCUCGUGAAGAAGGCGAACGGCGGGUGCGGGAAGGCGGCGUACGCGAUCGCUGGGCACUACCGCAAAGGGACCGGCGGCGUGGAGGAAAACGACGAGCUAGCACGUCAGUGGCUCGUGAAGGCCGCGGAGCUCGGGCACGUUGGCACGCAGAGUGAUCUCGGCUCUAUGUUCUACGAAUUAAGCGAGUACGAAGCCGCGCGUAAGUGGUGGGAGAAGGCCGCGGCGCAGGGCGACGUUCACGCCAUGAAGAUGCUCGGGCAGCUCUACGAGGACGGCAGGGGCGUCGAGAAAAACAAGUCUACGGCUGCGGAGUGGUUCUUGAAAGCGGCGUCGACGGGGGAUCGUGAAGCUCAACUCAACUACGGAAUCUUUCUCGACGAUGAGAUGGGUCAGUACGCAGCCGCGAGAGAGUGGUAUGAGAAAGCCGCGGCGCAGGGCGACUAUGAUGCCAUGAACAACCUCGGCCAGCUCUACGACAACGGCCGCGGCGUAGAGCGAAACAAGUCUACGGCUGCGGCGUGGUACUUGAAAGGGGCGUUGAAGGGGAAUCCUUGCGCUCAGAACAACUACGGGGUCUAUCUCGAGCUUGAAAGGGAACAGUACGCAAACGCGUUGAAGUGGUACGAGAGAGCCGCGGCGUGUGGCAACGAAUCUUCGAUGUGCAAUAUCGGCCUGCUCUACGACGAAGGCCGCGGCGUCGAGCGAAACAUAGCGAAGGCGCGGGAGUGGUGGGAGCAGGCAGUCGAGCAGGGAUGCCAAAAAUCGGAGACUAUGUUGAAGCUCACACACACCGAAGCUGCCCCGCAGCCCAUCGCUCAAAACGAUUACGUAGCAUACGAGAAGAUGGUUCUCGAGCGCUCGAAGUUUAGUGGCGGCGGCAGUGACUACGUGAGUCACUACGUGGACCGUCUCGGUGAUUUGUGGACUGCAAAAAGGGAAGCGCUCCUUUCAAUCAUGGAAGACACCAGUGCGAGCAUCAGCGACGACGCCAUGGAGCUCUUCGCUUCCGGGCCGCUUCCUGACCAUAAGGCUGAAGAUCGCCUCCAUCAUCUCGCGCUCUGCUUCCUCCACGGGAGAUGCGGACUCGAGAAGAACCUUCGGAUGGCAAAGGAGGCGUUCAAACUUGCUGAAAUUUACCACCCAGACAACGCCGCCGUCGCCGAGGAGCUCGUGAAGCUUCGAGCGUGCGUCACCUGCGGCAAGCGCGACGCGCGAUUGGGAUGCAAGCUGUGCCGCGGCGUGCGGUACUGCGACAAGCGCUGCCAGCAGAAGGACUGGGCCCGAGGAACCGAACCGCACCCGCCGCACAGAGAGACGUGCUCGCGCGCCGUGAACGGAAUCAUGCCUCCGGGGUAUUUCGCGCGGCUCCGAGACGAGGCGGCGAAGGAGAGAGAAGCGUCGAACUGA